AUGUCCGCCAUCAUCGCCGAACUCGAUGACAUGGACGCCGCGACGGCUGACAUGACCAUCAAGCUGCAACUCCUCGACAUCCACACGUCCGCGCAGGCCGACGGUGUCGUCGAAGAUGCCGGCCAGUGGGAUAAUGUGAUCGCCAUGCAGGAGUAUGAGGCCGAGCUGAGGGCUUAUCGGACUCGUCGAGGUCUUCCGAGCGAUGAGCUGCCUGUUCCGGAGCCGGAGAAGCCUGUCGAGGGGGAGGGAGAGGUCGAGGGGGAAAUCGACGCUGGACCUGCUGCAGUGCAUGAUCACACUCACAUCCCGCUUGGGCUGUGCCUCAUUUGCUCUGACCGUCGUCCGCUUGCCGAGCUCUACGACUGCUCAUGCCCGCCCGACCCAACGCCUCAUCGCUGGUGCUCAAACUGCCUCGAGCAGCUCCAUCGUGCAGCCCUCACCGACGAGACGCUGUACCCACCCCGCUGCUGCCAGCACAUCUUCAACUUCGACCUUGUCAAGGUAUAUCUGACCCGCAACCUCGUCCAGGAUUUCGAGGCCAAGAAGGAGGAGCUGGACGACACGAACCGCAUCUACUGCCAUGUUUCCACCUGCUCGGCCUACAUCGGCGCCGAGCAUCGCGAGGGAACGCUGGCUCACUGUCCCAAUGAGCACAGGCCGACGUGCAUCUUGUGCAAGAAUGCAAAACAUGACGGCGGGUGUGAGGAGGAUACAGGUCGUCGGCAGGUGGAGGAGACGGCGGCUCAGAAAGGCUGGCAGACGUGCAGCUCCUGCAAGGCGGUCGUCGAGCUGAACGCCGGUUGCAACCACAUCACUUCUGCUACAUCUGCGGUGCAACCUGGAAGACAUGCAACUGUCCCCAGUGGGACGAGCGUAGCCUCUUCCACCGUGCCGUCGCUGUUCUCGAGCAUGAAGGUGGUGCAGCUGGAAACCAGCAGGCCAUCGCCGUUAUGGCCCGGGAUCUUCGCCGCAACCACGGCUGUCAAGGCGAUCAUCGCUGGCAACGCCUGA